AAAGAUUUAGACUGAGCUUUGUUGGUGUCAGCUGACUGCUUAAAAAUCAAAAAAGUAUAGUGUUUACCAUCUAGGUUAGCGGGUAACAUAGUCGGCAUUUCUCAACAUUUUUAUUGUUAUUAAUGUAAGUUAGUACAAGCAAAAAUGUAUAAAGAACUUUCAAAUGUUGAAGAACAUAUCAGUAAAUCUCCAAAGGAUACUUUGACACCCUAUAAAAUAGCUGUAAUUCUGUUAAUAAAAUGUUAUUGUUCUACAAACAUCAAAACUAUUCGCGAACGUCGUGACUUUUGUGUCAUCAUUUUAAAAUUGAUUCAGACACCAGACAUGGAAAUGGAUACACUGUUGACUGAACUUCAUUCACCAAAUCAUAUUCUUCAAUGUUUUGCUAAAGAAUUAGAAUCAGAAUGUUCACACAUGUGUAACACUGGAAUUGAAGGACUGUCAGAACUAUUUGAUGUUUUAACUAGAUUCAUGAAAUCAUCAAUGGAUCAUUCCCUCUCUUCUCAUUUACUUUGCAGGAAUUCAGUAUUAGGACUUUAUGUCCGAAGAAUUAUUGUAUUUUUUGAACAAUUAUCUUUUUCUGAUGUAGCUCAACUUUACGAUGCAUUUGUCAGAAAUUUCAACCGAAGUGCUGUGGUUGUCGCAAACUGGAAAAGUGAUAAAAUUACAGGAAACAUCGUAAAGAGAAAUAAAAACAAUACAUGGGAUGGACGACGAGCUGAAUUGUUAGUUGCUCAACAAGCUCACAUCUUACAGACUAAUGAAUACAAAGCGAUGCUACCAUCAAAAUUGCAAACUCUUGUUCGAGAACUUUUAAAUUAUAAUUCAUAUUAUGCAGAAGUAGUAAGUACAAAGAUUUGUAAUAUAUUACCAACACUAAAAAAAAAUUAA